AGAAAAACACAGUAAAGAAUUCAUCAAACGAAUGUCAACACUAUUCCGCGCUACCACAAUGGAAACGAACCAAUCAUUUAUUAGUAAUGCAAAAAUCCCGAAAGGCACCACACGCAGAGUUAAAGUUUUCUGUCAAUUUUUGGUAGUAGUAGUAGUGGUAAUAGGUUCUCUUUUUACUUUUUCCAUUCUUUAUGGACUAUUUCGCCAAAUUUAAAAAGAGGAUUACACCUCUAAGGCAACAGCCGACACCGGCCAUGCAAUUGACCAAGUUCCACAAGUGUUGGGAUUACGUCCAUAACAUCUUGAUGGUGGAAGACCGUAAGGCCAAUGUACACGUGCAACAAACCGAGAUUCCGAGCAAAUUGCGACAAAUGAUGGACAUGCUAGUGGAUGAAGAGGCACGACAAGAAGACAACACGACGGGUGUGUGUAUGGAAUACUUUUUAAAGAACGGUAUUCUGCAAUAUCUCGUCAACGUAUCCGAGAAAUCAGAUAAUCCUGUGGGUAUACAUGGCGAGGCCAUCCGUACGAUCGCGAAUAUGGUGGAUCUGCUUGACGACCGGUUCCUUGUCCACAAUGCCGUCCAUAAACCGACCAUCAAAUUGCUGCGCUUCUGCGUGAUCGACGAACGGCAAAGCGACUUGUAUCACGAAGACCUGGUUGAUCUGAUGUAUAUCAUUUGCUCGAAAAUCCAUGGGUUCCCUGCAUUGCUCAAUAUUUUCUUUCACGACAAACAAUGGUUGACAACACCACAAAAGACGCAUACGCCAGUAAAGCUCGUUGACAACACUCACAAUAAUAACAACGGCAGCACUGUUGAUCCACAGCACCAAAAGCAACAACCACAGCCCAAAAAACCCGAGUACGAGUUUCUACUUUUCACAUACUUGUUGCGAUUCGUACAUCGUGAAGGAAGGACAGGCGAUUUUGCACGUACUGGCUUAUUAUUCCUUAUGGAAAUGGCAACGCAUCAACUCGGCGACUUUAUUAUUGAAUCGGAUUUCGCGACCAUCAUGGCAGCCGGACUGGGCGCGCUGUAUUCCCAACUGCCGCGUAAACUCAUGAUCAAGGACGAGGCCGAACUGAACAGUAACUUGGCAUCCUAUUUGAUCGGUCAGGAUAUUGUUGAUCCACGUUACGCGAUGCCGGGCGUUGUCGAAAAGUCAAGCUCGCACGAAUUCAAGUACCAGCUCGACUCGUUUUUGAAACUCUUUGAGUUUUGUCAGGACGUAUUGACACGAUGUCCCAAUGCCGAAAUCUCGAUGCGGUUGUUACAGUCAAUUCGGACGAUCUUUUUGGAGAAUAUCCUGUAUCCGUCGAUUCUCGAGUGUUCCGACACGGAUGGCUCUUCGGUUGCAGUUAUAAGUUAUAUCGAUUUGAUUCUCCAGAUAUUGCAGCAGGAUGAUCUGGCCAAUGUGGUGGUAGGGUUUUUGAUGGACGAGGAUAAUUAUGGGAUCCAGCAACAGGCAGCGGAUGGGACAUCAGCACCGUCUACGCCCUAUGGGAACAAUGUGUUUGCCGGAAUCGAACUCGACCAAUUCAAGAGCUCGCCUUACUUUACAGCCGCUGAGCGGUUUACUCUCAAGGACUUGAUCUUUAGCCGGCUCAAAUCAAGUUCACAACCUACAGUCGUCGCCACGUUAAAGUUGCUCAAAACACUCGUCACUCGACAUUGUCGCUACGCGCUCAAGCUGUUGUCCAUUUAUCCAGACAACAAGCAGCAAACACUCGACGACAAGGCCACCAUCAUCUCACACCAUUUGCGGGAAAUUGAGCUGUAUUUCUCCUUGAUCACAGCAGUCGAUCAGACCCACGCAGAGGAUAUCAUGUCGUUUGGAUACGAGAAUUACUUGCAGGACAUUGAGACGGUUAUGGACAAUGACAUGUGCUACCAUACAUUUACCGGGGUUACGCCAAGUAAUGGCAACAAGAAUGGUGCAAAGACCACCAAGAGUGAGAGACGGAGGAGCUUCAAGUAUGGCCAACGAUUUGACCACAAAGAGGUCAAGGAGCAGCAACAACAACAGCAGCAGCAGCAGCAGCAACAACAAAUACAACCAAGUAGUCGAACAAAAAUGUUCAAACAUAGGAUCAGAUCGACGGAUCCAUUGCUUCAGAUAUUACUCGGCUUGUUGAGCCAUUUCUUUGCACAGUCGCCCGAGUUGAACUUGGUGUUGACAGGUGUGAUUUCGGCACUUGCCGUCUGCCCUUAUCGAAGUUUGGAAGGCUGGAUUGCUUUUCAAGAAAGUGAUCGAACCAAGCCGGACGAUGUGCUCGUACUUGACGCAAGCGAUCAAUUGCAACGCGCACACAUUAGCAAUGGUAUUGACAAAAGUGAUGAUGGUAAAAACAACAAGAGCGAUUCGAUUCGUGCCAAAGAUAUUUACGCACAGUUUGAAACGACGGCUGUGGAUGAAGAUGCCGAUGAUGACGACCGGUCUGUGGAUUUUGGCGUCGAUCGCAACUCUACAAAAAUGACGCAGCCUAUACAAUUCAAAUCGUUCCCGCCGUUCUUUACAUUGUUCCGUACGCUUACACAACAAAUCGAUUAUUAUCGGUCCGAGGUGGAUGGGUUUGAUCGAUUGUUACAGGAACGACGGAAUGGAUUGAUGGUGGGAGAUACACAGACGGAUGCACAAGUCGGUAUGGUGACUUCAUCAUCGACAUCCACACGACAACAGCAGCCACCGUCAUCUGUACCACCUAAUAACGAUGUUCGACGCGCUUCAGUUAUGAUGCGGCCAUCCAUAUCCAGUUCUACUACCACCACUACUACUACUACUACCGCAGCAGCAGCAGCUGCAGGUGCUGCAGCUGUUAAUGGCAGCAGUAGUAAUGCUAGCAGCAGCCCGAUCAAACCUACCAGAUCCAUUUCAUCAUCCACCACAUCGUCUCCUCCACUCUCAUUACAACAGCAUCCAAUGUCACCACUCGCCAUCCAUGCCAAAAGAGCCCAAACGAUCCGUAUCCAGCCCUUGUUCCCUUCCAAUUUCGUCACCGAGAUCGAAGAGCCAAUCCUGGAUCUAGACGAAGAUGAUGAAGAUACGUUUGCACCCAAGGCUGCUAACCCUUCGCAACAGCGCCGUAUGGACAAAUCCACCGAAAUUACAUUGUCAACGCUGUUGAACAAUGUUGUGAUUCUCGAAGAAACUAUCAAGGAGUUAGUGGCAAUCAUGCAAGUUAGACGAUCUGUUGGCAUUGACGUUAUCCGUUAUGCAUAAUCAUAUAUAUUCAUACAAUCAUAUAUUUAUUAUAUUGUUGUUUUGUUGCUUUGUUGUUUGUUGUUUUCUGUCUGUAAUAAUCCUCUUUAUAUAUAUGUAUAUCACCCAUCUUUUUUUUUUCUUGUCUCACACAUCCCUUAUAACUUUCACAAUUCGCCGCCCCUUGGAACAAACCCCAUCCCCUCCUUUCAGUAGUAACUACCUACUAUAUAGCACGCACUCUACAACCUUCAAAUCAAGUCAACCGCCCUCUCUUCAUUCUUGCCGUCAUAAAAAGCGAGAAAAAAAACUUUUGAGUCAAAAGAAUUAUAGCAAUAAAAUUAAUUGCACAAUGACUUUGUGUCUUUUUGAUCUGGC